AUGGCCGAGACCAGCACGGAGCGGGUGAGUGUUAACGCUGUCACCCACGGAGGUGACAGCGGGAGAGAAACUGAGCUGACGCAGAGCAAGAGCUGCACAAACAAUGAGAGAUAUGACAGGGAGCAGACAGUGAUGGUAGAGAUGGAAGGAGAGGGAGAAGACACAGCUAUGGAGCUGAUGAGGUGUGUGCGUGAGUUGUGCGGGGGGCUGCUGGCGUGCAGACAGAUCACUGAUAAAAAAUAUGAGAUGACCAUGAGCCACCCUAAGGGGAAAGACAGACUCAUGGAAGGAUUCAAGAUUGGGGAGACUCGGGUGCACGCAAGAGAACUGGUGAAUGACGAGCUGGUGGUGUCAUUUAUGAAUUUACCUUUUUACAUCGAGGACAGGGAGAUAUUGGCAAAACUACAACUAUGGGGGGUCUCUGCAGUAUCUCCCAUUAAAAGAAGGAUGUGGCCAGAUACUAUAGGCCUUGCACUUGUUCACACCAACACCCUAACCUUUCCUCUUAUCUAUGCCACCGGUUCCACACAUACUCAACACCUUGUCACCGGUGGCCUCUGGAACUGCCAGUCAGCUACACGCAAGACAGACUUCAUCUCUGGCUUUGCUACACAGCAUUCGCUGGACUUCCUUGCUCUCACUGACACCUGUAUCACACCGGACAACACAUCCACCCCAGCUGCUCUCUCCUCUGCCUUCUCUUUCACCCACACACCCAGACCCACUGGUAGGGGUGGGGGUACAGCUUUACUCAUCUCCCGCAAAUGGAGUUUCUCUCUCUACCCGCUUCCAUUUUUUACCCCAAAGUCUUUUGAAUUUCAUGCUGUGACAGUUACCCAUACGGUACAAUUAACUAUCGUUGUUCUCUACCGUCCACCAGGUUCUCUAGGAGUUUUUCUGGACGAAUUAGAUGUCCUCCUGUUAAACUUCCCAGAAAAUGGCCCUGCACUUAUCCUUCUGGUUGACUUUAACAUCUUCACAGACAAGUCAACUGACCUAUUACUUUUACUGUCUUCUUUGCUCUCACUCAGUCCUUCCCCUCCUACUCACAAAGCCGGUAACCACCUUGACUUUAUUUUCACCAGAAAUUGUUCAACAUCUAACCUCACUGUAACCCCACUUCAUGUCUCCGACCACUUCCUUAUGUCUUACACUCUCCCACUAUCUCAAACUGACAACCCUACCACAUCAACAGACUCUGUACCUGUCCGUCGCAACAUUCGUUCCCUCUCUCCUGCCUUGCUAGCCGCCUCUGUUUUAUCAGCCCUCCCUUCCACUGACUCCACAGACAUUCUCCUUUCUACUCUGUCCUCCUCUCUUGGCUCUCUCUGUCCUCUCACGUCACGACAGGUCCGCAAGUACUCCCCAGCUCCGUGGCUGUCUGACUCGGUGCGUGCCGACAGAGCCACUAUGCGAGCAUCAGAAAGGAAAUGGCGGAAAUCGAAAUACCCAGACGACCUGCUCGCGUACCAGUCUCUUCUCUCCUCUUUUUCUGCCUCUAUUUCUGCAGCCAAAACCACUUUUUACCAAACUGCAAUUCAAUCCUCAUUUUCUAACCCCAAGAAACUCUUCUCCAUCUUUUCCAACCUCCUUGACCCCCCCCCCAGUCCGCCUCCUCCUUCCUCCCUUCUACCAUGCCACUUUGUCAACUACUUUACACAAAAGAUAGAUGACUUACGCUCUUCAUUUUCUGAUCCUCCUUCUAUAACUUAAUUUCCUUCAUCUUCAUCUUCGUCCCCUUUGCUCUCCUCUUUCACCCCUCUGUCUACCAAUCAAGUUCUUACCUUGGUAACCUCUGCCCGCCCGACGACCUGCCCCCUUAACCCCAUCCCCUCUCACAUUCUCCAGUCUAUCGCUCCUGAACUUCUUCCUUUUCUCACCCAUCUUAUCAACACUUCCCUAUCUACUGGCUGUUUCCCUAAUUCUCUGAAUGAGGCAAGAGUAAAUCCCCUACUGAAGAAACCCACCCUUGACCCGUCUGCAGUAAAUAACUACUCUCUUCUUCCCUUUGUUUACAAAACUCUCGAGCGCGCUAGUUUUAAUCAACUCUCCUCCUAUCUUAACCACAAUAACCUUUUUGACCCUCACCAGUCUGGUUUCAAGGCAGGUCACUCAACUGAGACUGCCCUCCUUGCUGUCUCUGAGCAACUUCACACUGCUAGAGCAGCCUCUCUCUCCUCUGUCCUUAUCCUUCGAGACCUUUCUGCUGCAUUUGACACAGUGAACCACCAGAUCCUUAUUUCCUGCCUCCAGGACCUGGGUGUCUCAGGCUCUGCUCUCUCCCUGCUCUCAUCCUACCUCAAGGACCGCACUUAUCGGGUAACUUGGCUGGGAUCUGUGUCUGAACCUUGUCCUCUCACUACUGGGGUCCCUCAAGGUUCUGUCCUGGGUCCCUUCUCUCUGUACACCAACUCUCUCAGCUCUGUCAUUCACUCACAUGGCUUUUCCUACCAUAGCUAUGCUGAUGACACCCAACUAAUCCUCUCUUUUCCCCGAUCUGAAACACAGGUAGCAGCACGAAUCUCUGCCCGUCUGACUGACAUCUCUUAGUGGAUGACCGCACACCACCUGAAAAUUAACCUUGACAAUCAAUCAAUCAAUCAAACUGAACUACUCUUCCUUCCAGGGAAAGACUCUCCCACCCACGACCUGACUAUUAAAUUUGACAACUCAGUGUUAACCCCCACUCAGACCGCUAGGAACCUGGGUGUGACACUCGACAGCCAACUCUCCCUGACUGCCAACAUUACUGCAACAACACGUUCCUGUAGAUUCAUGCUGUACAACAUCCGAAGAAUACGUCCACUUGUCACUCAGAAGGCGGUGCAGGUUCUGGUCCAGGCCCUGGUCAUCUCACGCCUAGGCUACUGUAACUCCCUCCUGGCUGGUCUACCUGCUAGUACCAUCCGACCUUUGCAGCUCAUCCAGAAUGCAGCAGCUCGACUGUUUUUUUACCAACCCAAAUUCAUUCACACUACUCCGCUCCUCCGUUCCCUUAACUGGUUACCAGUGGCUGCCCGCAUCCGCUUCAAAACAUUGGUACUUGCAUACUGUGCUGUGAAAGGAUCCGGUCCAGUCUACAUCCAGGACAUGGUCAAACUUUACACCCCAGCCCGUUCACUGCGC